GCAGCAGUGUGUCCAGCGAGUGAGUGCUUUGCUUUACCCCAGCAUUCACCCCUACAGCACUGCUGCAGGCUGUGUUAGGGGUGGAAAGAACAGGGACAGUACCACUGGCCCUGUCAUGGCUGACUCAAUGACAGCUGACACAUAGUUGGUGCGAGAGCGAUAGCGAGACUAGCGCUAACCCUACCAUUCCUAUCUGAUCUGUCACAAACAGGGGACCAUCUCUGACCUGGGACCCAGUGGGAAAGUGAAAGUUGUUGAAGCAGUGGAGAAGAAUGUGUUCCAGCUCCGUCUGGGAGGGGAGAAUCAGGACCAGCUCGCUGCAGUGACCAGGGACUACUGGGACUGGUAGUUGCCUUACCACUGCCAACACACGGUGCUGCCUAGCCUGGAGAGAGAGACAGAGACAGAGAGAGAGAGAGAGAAAGGGACGCCCACGUUGCCUCACAGGGGCACCAUGGAUUUUCUGCAGGACUCUCGGUGGACCAUGCAGGGCCUCAACAGCCGUCUGAAAGGCUUCCUGGAGCAGGUAAACAAGCUGCAAGAGGACAACCGGCGUCUGGAGGACCAGAUAGCAGACUGGGGCCUGAGGAAUGCCCCACAUGCCUGGGAAUGGACCCAGCAGGAGAGGACUGUGGAAGAGCUUCAUUUCCAGGUUGGUAAGCUGCUGAUGGAGAAUGCCGAGCUGGCGCUGCAGUCUGACCACAUGAAGUCCAAGGCUUCUACCAUCCAGGCCAGAUGUGAGGUGGAAGAGAGGCAGACCAAGUGUCUGGAGCAACAGGUGGCUCUGCUGAGGGAGAACAAGAUGAGGGUGGAGCAUACCAACGUGCAGCUGGAUGCGGAGCUACACCACUCCAUGACAGAGCUGCAGGACAUGCACCAGGACUAUAUGGCAGCCCGUGCUCUGCAGCAGCAGCAGGCCGACUCCUGUGAUGCGCUGCUAGUGACGGCCACAGCGUGGGAGGAGGAUGGCACAGGGAUGGAGCUCUCCCAGCUCCUCGACCGAAUCAGGACGCAGUGCGACCGCCUCAGCCUCAACAGCCCAAAUCAAGUCCCAGAUGACCGACACCGCGGCCUGGCCGCCGGCCCAUAUCAAGCACCAUGCUCCGCUGCCGGGCCUAGUCGUUUCGGAGCCACACUCGGACCCCGAGCCCACGGAGGAUCUCUCCCACAGCUCAAUGCAGAAGAGGCAGCAUGGGCCCAGGUGAACCUCGGCGGGGCUGCCCUGAGGGAGGCGCGGGCAGAGCUAGCCGACGCCAGGAAACAGUGGCACUGCCUGCAGGUGGAGAUAGAGUCCCUACAUGCUCUGGAGAAAGGUCUAGAGAGUUCCCUCCACCACACCCAGCGUCAGUACUCCAGCCAGCUGCAGGGCCUGUCCCAGGUCAUCCAGGGCCUGGAGGGCGAGCUGGAGCAGAUGAGGGGGGGUCUGGCCACGCAGCGAGAGCGUCACGGCCAGCUGCUCAAUACCAAGAUGAGGCUGGAGAGAGAGAUCGCCACCUACAGGCGCCUGCUGGAGCGCGAGGAGGGCAGGUACCCAGGUGGGCGUAACGGACAGGUGAUGGGGCUACGGCGCUGGAGGGGCCCCAUAAGAGAGCCAGGCCCUAUAGGGGAGGAGCCCAAGGAGAAUGGAGUGGAGGAGAACGGCCUCAGUGACCCCGCGGUGACCCCUGAGGAGCCACUGUCCGAGCCCCUGCCUGAGCGACCCCAGCGGUGGUCUGUGACGGAGAACGGUCUGAGGAAGAGCCCUGCGCUAACGCUGCAUAGGCAACAGAGCCUGGUCAUCCUCACAGAGCCAGAGCGAGACAACGAUCUGAGAAUUUCCACAGUGAAGACCCAGGAGAUCCUCCAAGGCAACAUGGUGCGGGAGAGUGCAGAGGGUACCGGCACCGUGGAGACGGACAGGAUCGACAAGGUGAUUAAGCAGUGGGAGGGCUCCUUCUUCAAGGGGAACCCCAAGCUGCGGAAGAAGUCUGUGUCGCUACGCUUCGACCUGCACAUGGCGGCGGCAGAUGAGGGCUGCGCCCAGACCAAGCAGGACAGCCUGCCCGACGUGGAGGUCCGCCUGGUGAUGAAGAGGUCCCGCAGCAUCCCCACCAUCGCGGCAAAUGUCGAGGCAACAGUAUAGUCGAGGCAACAGUAUACCUAUCAUUGAUAGGUGAUAUCAUCAUUGAAUCGCCUCCCUCAUAAAUGUCGUGCUCUGGCAACAGCAUCCCUACCCUUGACAGUGAUAUCACAAUGAGAUCAGCAUUGUUUCCCAUUGAGCUAGGUUGAAGAUGGGAAGGUUAAGACAAUGAAGUAAUUCCAUGCGGAAGCGUUUGAAAAUAAACACCUUCAUCGGACCGACCAGCUCCAUUAAUAAAUAUUAGCACCAUUGCUAACAAGCAACGCUCGUGUCAUGAAUUACAAAGAGUUAUGAAAUAUUAUAAACUGGGUUGUUCGAGCCCUGAAUGCUGAUUGGCUGACAGCUGUGGUAUAUCAGAC